UUUUAAAUUAAACUUUUAAAUAUCGAACGAAGACAGUUUUUAAAUUUUGAAUAUUUUAAAUGUAAAUGUGUGCCCAGUUUGGAUUUGGGAAGGUGUACGCGAACGCGUAAAGAGAUCAGAUCAAAAGUCAACUGGCACGACUGACGACACUUUCUCCAUAAAGCACGAUCUAUCUUCCCACGGAGAAACCGUGCGAAGGAAACCUGGAAAAUGUGCAUUGUAUUGAGAACUAGCAAGGAGUUCCCAUGCAUCAGAUGAGUGGACCACUACUGCACCAUGAACGCAACCCCGCGUUCCGACAACAUCCGGCCAGAAGCGCCCGUAACCGGAUUGAACCGCCCGCGUGUCCGGUUAAAACCAGCCCGAUGUGUGCAAAUGUUUCUCCUGAUGAUGUGUUUUGGUGUUGUAUCGGCGAAUCGCCCGCCAAGGUUUCUUAUAGAUGGACAGUCAGAAAUUGUUGUUAGGCUCAAGGAAGGACCUGAAACUCCUAUUGGCAGCCUAAUAUACCGACUGCGAGGCGUCGACCCCGACGGAGAUACGCUAAUAUUUGGAAUACGAGAUCAACUCGUUAGUGAUAUUUUAAGAUUAGAAGCCAUUUCGUCCAACGAAGCAAAUAUUUAUUUAGUUAAGGAAUUAGAUAGAGAGGUGCGUGAUGAAUAUACCUUUGUCCUAACGCUUACCGAUGGACAUUUGGGGGAAGGAAACUUUAUUACGCAAAGCUUUUUGCUAUUAGUCGAAGAUGUUAACGACAACGAACCUAUAUUCAAGCCAUAUCCCUCCGCAAUCACCGUGAAAGAAGAUGCCGCGCCGGGCGUGCUCGUUACUGUGGAAGCGACAGACCUUGACGAAGGAGCUUAUGGACAAGUAUUAUACCAUUUACAAGAACUCGAUGGAGACGUGGACAAUUUUGCUGUACAAACUGUGAACGGGAAGGGUGUGAUUCGGCUGGUAAACCGGUUGGACUAUGAGAAGAAGUCACUGUACCAACUCAGGGUUCUAGCGGUGGACCGGGCGAACCAGGGACGUGUGAACACGGGUACUGCUGCCAUACUAGUCAAGGUACAGGAUGUGGAGGACCAACCGCCGGAGUUUGUGGUCGCCAGCCCCGUCACACGAAUCAGUGAAGAUGCGCCCAUCGGCACUUCUGUCUUGCAAGUGCGAGCAAUUGAUGGAGACCGAGGCGUCAACAAUAGGAUAUCAUACAGCGUCAUCUCUAGUGGCGAGGAUCAUUUUGACAUUGAUAGUAGCUCUGGCAUAGUAUACACGGUCAAUGAACUUGAUAGAGAGGAUCCCAACAACAGCAAUGGAGCCUAUAUAUUGGAGAUUCUGGCCACAGAAGAAUCUCGAGCUGUAUCCCCCCUACCAAGUGCUACUACAGAAGUGACCAUCAUUGUGACGGACGUGAACGACGAGAUACCAAGGUUCCGCAGCGAGAGGUACAUCGGGGAGGUGCUGGAGAAUGCUCAGCAGAAUACACCCAUUACAUUCCUCCAGGAUGCCAUACCAGAAGUGUUUGAUUAUGAUCAGGGCAAAAAUGGAACCUUCGAGCUGUAUUUGGUUGGUGACAAUGGGGUAUUUGAUGUGACUCCUUUCAAGGGCAUUAAUGAAGCGUCAUUCCUGAUUAGGGUCAAUGACCCAUCAUUUCUGGAUUAUGAAACUGUCACUGUCAUGAAUUUCAGUUUGGUUGCCAAAGAAGUGGUUGCUACUGAUCCUAAGAUGAGUGUUGUCCCAAUAAUGGUGCAUAUUAAGGACGAAAACGACAACUUCCCGGAGUUCACAGAAGACCUUUACACAGUGUCUGUACAUGAGAACUGUGGAGUAGGCACUACCGUGGCCUGGGUACAGGCUUUAGACCAGGAUUCUGACAACUAUGGCACCAGGGGCGUCCGGUAUACCAGUUUAGGAGGGAGCAUUGCUAAUCUGCUGAACCUCAACCCUGUGUCAGGCGUGAUAACAGUGAAGCAAGCUGGUGGCGACAGCUUUGACCGCGAGCUGGUCUCCCGCCACUUCCUCACCGUAGAAGCAAGAGACGACCUUGGACGAGGCAAUAGAAACACAGCACAGCUGAUUAUAAACAUCGAAGACGUAAAUGAUAACGCUCCGAUGUUCCUAGCGAAUAAAUACGAGGCGAGGCUUCUGGAGAAUGAGUUGCAGUUUGAGAACCCUCUUGUGCUUGAAGCUCGGGAUAUUGAUUUAAAUGGAACAAAGAACAGCCACAUAGAGUACUCGAUAGUCGGCGGCGACUACAAGGCUAACUUCUCCAUCGACCCCAACCUGGGCAUCGUGUCGCCGCGCUGCGGACUCGACUUCGAGCAAAUCCCCGGCGACAACACCAACAUCAGACCUAUACACCUCACUGUGCGAGCUCGGGACUUCGGAGUGCCCUCACUAUCGUCAACAGUACCUGUCACCAUCUACGUGCAAGAUGUAAACGACCACGCGCCCAUGUUCCAGCAGAUGCUGUACAAACGAUCCAUACCCGAGGACAUGCCUGGAGGGACUAGCAUACUAGAGGUGAAAGCUCGCGACAGCGACGGGUCGUCUCCUAACAACCGCGUGGUGUACCGCAUCCAGCGCGGGGCGGGAGACAAGUUUGUAAUCGACUCACGAUCUGGCGUUGUCUCUGUCGCUAACGGGUCUUCCCUGGAUCCUGACAAGACCAACCCGAAGAGUAACCGAUAUACUCUCACCGUGGUGGCGCUAGACGGAGGGAUAGGUGACCAACAACUAAGUGCGGCAGUACUGGUGAACAUAACUAUAGUGGACGUCAACAACAAGCCGCCUGUGUUCGUCGAACCUGGGACCGUUAGCGUUAAGGAGAAUACUCAGGUUGGGACCCUCAUCUACCGCGCGCAAGCGUACGACCCGGACGAGCAGCCAGUCCUGCGGUACUCCAUAGACAAGGCUGCGAGCGUGGGCCGAGACGAGGAUGGUAUACCGGUGUCUACCAGCGAGUACGACUACCUCGCACUGUGGGACUUGAACCACAUCGAUGGCUCUUUGAAGGUUGUCAGAUUAAUAGACAGAGAAAAGGUCGAAACGAUAAAGCUAGUGAUCACAGUGGAAGACAUGGCGGGCAUCGACAUUGGUCCGAAGCAGACGGCAUCAGCUACACUCACCAUCAUGGUGGAAGAUGAGAACGACAACAAUCCUAAGUUCAGGAAGCCAUUCUACAAGACAUCCAUACCUGAGAAUUCUAAGAACGGCGCCCAUAUUGCGACUGUUAUUGCUGAUGAUGCUGAUAAGAAUAGAACCAUGACGUAUUAUUUGGAAGGUCCCGUAGACCUCCUUAAUCUUGUGCACCUAGAGAGUACAACUGGCGACGUGGUGGUGGCCAACAAGAUCGACCACGAGCUCUACCCGUGGAUCAACCUGACCGUCAAGGCGAUUGACAGCGGCGUACCUCCCCGAUACUCGGUCGCCGACUUGUUUAUACAGGUAUUGGACGAGAACGACAAUAACCCGAUCUUCGAGCCGUCAGCGUUCGAGUACCGCGUACGCGAGGACGUUGAGCCCGGAACCACGAUAGCCAACAUCGUGGCACGAGACGCUGACUCCGGCGAGUACGGCAAGAUCACCUACCUGCUAGACCGGAUGUCUACACAGGGCAAAUUCCUUAUAAAUGCGGAGACGGGCGCGCUGACAGUGUCUGACUGGCUGGACCGCGAGACGCAGCACACGUACAACCUGGUGGUGGAGGCCUGGGACAACUACCAGUUCGGAUACCUCAGCGGGGAGAGCAGGAACGCCUUCAGGCAACUCGUGGUCCACGUAGAAGACGUAAACGACAACGCUCCGGUGCUCCACCUGCCCUCGGAGUGCACGACGAUCUCGGAGUUCCACAACCACCGCGAGCCGAUAGUGGCGGUGUCGGCCACCGACGCCGACGACAAUUCGCUGCCCAAUGGACGCGUGCAGUUCCACCUCGUCGCUGGGAAAGGACACGACCUAUUCCGCUUCGAACAAGUCGGCGGGGACGCGAACACGGGUCGUUUAUUCGCGAAACAGUCGCUCAAGGACCGGUUUGGCAACUACUCGCUGGUGGUGGAGGCGCGUGACCUGGGUUCACCGGCCAACGUGGCCCGUGGCCAGCUGCCGCUGUGUGUCUCCGACUACAACGACCACGCGCCCGUGUUCGUGCACCCGCCACAGAACGUCACCAUCAAAGUGCCUGAGAACGCAACAGUAGGCACGACCGUGGUGGAAGUCCGCGCGAUAGACGCAGACAUAGGCGCUAACGGCGCGGUGCGGUACCGAGUGCGGCGCGACGCGGCCGGCGCCUGGCGGGCCUUCUCCGUGCACGCCACCAGCGGGGCGCUGCGCACGGCCCGCACGCUGGACCGGGACAUACAGGCUGUAUACCAGUUGAGAAUCGAAGCCUACGACCUGGGUCUGCCUACACCGCUGAGCUCAGACUUAGACCUCACAAUCUACGUACAAAACGUCGACAACUACCGCCCGCGCUUCCCAGAGAGACUCCUCUUUGUCAACUUUACAGAGAAUACUGAGAAACAAGAGGUGUAUUUACCGAGCGUUAUAGAGAGAGAUGCGAUAGAUAGAGGAGAUGAGCCGGUUUUGCCAGUGUGUUACUAUAUAGUGGAGGGUAAUGAUGGUGCCUUCGAGCUGCAUAGGAAUACUCACAGGUUAACAACAACACGGCAUCUCGACAGAGAACUAAAGUCCAACUACACACUAGUAGUCCUAGCGACGGAAGACUGUAUCGGGUCUCCAAACUACCAACCCGACGUCGACGGGGUUAGCACUCUGACGGUGUUUGUGCAAGUGAGAGAUGUCAAUGACAAUGCUCCGACGUUUGUCAGCAAGAUAUUCACUGGAGGCAUCACUACUGAAGCUGAUUUUGGUAUCGAGUUCAUGCACGUUAAGGCUAUAGAUCUGGACGAGGGUGACAACGCGAAGAUCUCCUACUACCUGAUAGGCCAAGUGAAGCAGACUCUCACUGAAGGGCUGGAGAACCUUGCUGUGUCGCCGUUUUUGGUGAAUAUCGAGACUGGCGCAGUCGCUCUCAACUUCGACCCCCAGAAGGGCAUGAAAGGGUACUUCGACUUCAGGGUACUAGCAAACGACACGGGCGGACUCCACGACGAGGCGCACGUAUUCAUCUACCUCCUCAGGGAAGACCAGCGCGUUAGAUUCGUCCUCCGCGCCCACCCGUCAGAGGUCCGCGACAGGAUACACGUCUUCCGCUCACAACUCGCCCGCGUCGCCGACUCCGUAGUCAAUAUCGAUGACCUAAGAGUCCACGAGAACAAAGACGGGUCAGUGGACAAUACGAAGACUGAUCUCUACCUGCACCUGGUGAACGGGCAAGAUCACUCGGUGUUAGAGGUCGAUCAAGUGCUGAAGAUUGUCGACAAGAAUAUCGAGCAGUUGGAUGAUCUGUUCAAGGAAUUCAACGUGCUGGACACCCAGCCAGCGGAGUACCAGCCCCUGACAGCGGAGACGCUGUCCUCCAACCAAACGGUGUACUGGCUCGUGUGGAGCACGCUGUUCCUUGCCGUGCUUCUAGUGCUAUCGCUCAUGAUGUGCCUGUCGCAAAGAGCUGAUUAUGUACGCCGGUUGAAGGCUGCCACCGCUACUGCUUAUUCCUCACCGACGCCCGGCGAAUCAGACAUGACAAUCCGGAGUUCCGGAGGACGUGUGCCUAACACAAACAAGCACAGCACUAAAGGCUCCAACCCAAUAUGGCUGCACGCGUACGAGAACGAUUGGUACAAGUCCGAUGAACAGCUGAGCCACUCCGAAAGAGACUCGCUCGACGAAAACGCUGUCGAUCAAGACCUCCCCAACGACAAACCCUACUUCAUAACUACCGGCGCCUUCCCCUCGCUAGACUCCACAGAAACCGCACCGCAAACCAACGAAGCCAAAUACGAUUUCUACCAACAAAUGGAACAAAUGAAAAACGCCAAAAAUAUGGAAACGACUGAAUUAUAAACAAAUUCUAGGUCUUAGUAUGUGCCUUGUAAAUUGUAUUUUAUUUUUCGUAGAUUGCUUGUAAGCGUGUAUUUCCAGAAAUUAAAAAUGGAAAACAUUGAGAUUUGUAACUAGCAUAAGUGAAAUAAAAGAGUUCUAGUAAGG